AUGCCCAAGUCAAACAGUAUGUAUGCGGUUGGUGUAGAAUGGUGCCUCCUGUGGUGCGAUAAGAAUAAAAAGUACUACGCGAUAAAAGAGAAUAUGUGUUUCUGUUCGAGCGAACUUGCAGCCGAAGACAAACUUGUUCAAUCCAAUGAAUGUUUUGCUUGUUUAAACGGCUUCCUAUGUGGUGGAGUCUUUACAUUUGCUGUUUACGAAAGAAACGAAUAUGCUGUUGUUGGUUGUUUCAAAAUUGUAAAUAUUAAACACGGUAUUUCAGUUUCCAGCGAAAUCGGCUGUGUAAAUGAAUGCUACAACUUAAUGUUCAAGUAUGUCAUAAGAAAGAAAAGUAACGAGAAAUCUUGCCAAUGUGGAAACAAGAUAGAGUUUGAUAGUCAAAUAGCCAUGGAUUCCUGCUUUAAUGAUAUGUUCUUGGUUUUUGAUGUUUCAAUAGACACAGACAUGUACAACAAAUCAACAAUCUACCAAUACUGUUUGAAUGACGAGAAAGAAUCUUUUCCAGGCACCACACCAACCACACAAACUCUGGCAGCUUUUCCAGGCACCACAUCAACCACACAAACUCUGACACAACCGACAACAAAGGUCUAUGUGAACAAGUGCGGCGAGAAUAAUGGAGGAUGUGGGGAUUCAGUUUGUAUCGAGGUAGAACCUGAUAAUGGGGCAGGUGUAGAAGCUAAUGCUGGAGUUAAAUGCUAUUCGCCAGAUGAAGAAUUUAUCGAAGUGCCUGAAAUCAAAGUCCAGUACAAUUAUACUUACAAAGGAUGUUUCGAAAUAAUGCAUGCUAAUGAUAAUCUGGCAACUGCUUCAUUAGAAUCAUGUUUUGAUUUUUGUAGCGAUUCAUUAUUUUAUGGAAUGAAGGACCGUAAAUAUUGCGCGUGUGCCAACAACCUGGAGAACGAAGUUAGUGCCAACAAAUGUAACAAAAACUGUACGGAGGGAUUGUCGUGUGGGGGAAAGGCCACCUAUUCUGUAUAUGCCAGUAAAAAAUCAAGCGAAUCAAUUGACGUUGGAUGCUACAAGUAUUUAGAACUGGAACAUAAGCAUGACCAGUUCUUGAGCAAAACUCUUUGCUUGCAGAAGUGCAAAAAUUUUGGUUUCCCAUACAGUGGAACAACUAGUGAUUCAUGCCAAUGUGGACGAAAAAUAAAAUUCAAAGACCAAGUGAACAUCGAAAAGUGCAGAAGCUCAUCAUCUGAGCUUGUACUGCUGACAGACGUUUCGCCUGAUGUGAAUGUCUAUGACAAGCCGACAAAAUACAACUACUGCAUAAACGAUAAAGUGGAGAGUAAGAAACCCUAUUGUCGAUCUGGUGUUUGUUCGCUGGGCUGGACUGGAGCACUAUGUGAUAACAGAGAUUGUAGCACGAACAACGGGGGAUGCAAUGAGACAAUGAUGUGCGUGCCAGAGAUCGUCAACAACCUGAUGGUUGUAAAAUGUUUAUGUGAAAAUGGUUCCACAAAUGUCAAUGGCUCUUUCUGCCAAAGUGAAUUUAUAUAA